AGUGACUCGGAGCGAGUACCGCCCGACGGCGGCCGCUGCCCCAGUGACUCGCCCGGGGCAGACACCGAGGACGGCGAGCGUCGCCCGAGCUCCCCCGGGUGGCCGCUCGGCCCGGGCCGCGCCGCGGCCGCGGAAAGCGAAGACGCGGACUUCAGCUGGGGCGAGGACGGGGAGAGGGUCGUCGGAGAGGGCGGCCGCGGCGGGCGAGUAGGGGAUGAGGACGGCUCCCCGCGCGGUCCCCCGAGGAGCGCCGGCCAGAGCCGCCGCCGCAGGGCCGCCGGGGAGCGAGGCGGGGCAGAAGCGGGCCGCGGACUCCGCGCCUGGGCCAGCCUGAGGGGAACCUGCGGCAGCGCCGGGGACGACCUCAGCGACGCCAGCGACGCCGGGGCCGCGGGUGUAGACGACGUCCGGCGCUUCGGCGGCUUCUGGGACGGCGCGAGUGUAGAUGACGGUCGCAGCUGCGCUUGGGAGAGCGCGAGUGAAGACCGAGGCUACGCGGCCAGCGACUCGUCGGGGCUGAGCGCGCGCCUGGCCGCCGGCCGCCGCCUGGGUGACCCGCCGGGUCCCGAGCGAGACGACGGAGGCGCCAGCGGGCGGCUGCGGGCCGGGGAACGCUGGGCGACGAGGGUGACGGCCAUGGCCGGGGGCGCCCCGUCCCCGGAGCCGGCGAGCCAGAGUGCUGGGAAAAAGGGGUAUUUUGGUGGCAUAUAUGAUGCAGUACGAGCUGGAGAUGUGAAAAAACUUUCAGAAGUAGCAGAACGUGGAGCAAAUAUUAAUGAAGUUGAUGCUCUACAUAAAUUCACCCCUUUACAUUGGGCAGCACAUUCUGGAAGCUUAGAGUGUCUUCACUGGCUUCUUUGGCAUGGAGCUGAUAUCACAAAAGUAACUACAAGAGGUUGGACAGCAGCUCACAUAGCUGCAAUCAGGGGUCAAGAUGCUUGUAUGCAGGCUCUUAUAAUCAAUGGGGCAAAUCUGUCAGCUCAAGAUGAUCGUGGAUGCACCCCUUUACACCUUGCUGCAACACAUGGACAUUCUUUCACUCUACAAGUAAUACUGCGAAGUGGAGCGGAUCCCAGUGUAACAGAUAAGAGAGAUUGGAAACCUGUACAUUAUGCAGCUUUUCAUGGGCGGCUUGGCUGUUUGCAACUUUUAGUUAAAUGGGGAUGUGGCAUUGAAGAUGUGGAUCACAAUGGAAAUCUUCCAGUUCACUUAGCAGCCAUGGAAGGCCACCUUCACUGCUUUAAAUUUCUGCUGAGUAGAAUGAGCAGUACAACAGAAGCUCUGAAAGCCUUCAAUGAUAGUGGAGAAAAUGUGUUAGACCUGGCCCAGAGAUUCUUUAAACAGAACAUCUUACAAUUUAUUCAGGGGACUGAAUAUGAAGGAAAUGAUCCAGAAGAUCAGGAAGCUUUAGAAUUUCCAGGUCAUGUGGCUGCCUUUAAAGGUGAUUUGGAAAUGCUUAAGAAAUUAAUUGAAGAUGGAAUAAUUAAUAUUAAUGAACGUGACAAUAAUGAAUCCACUCUCAUGCAUAAAGCUGCUGGGCAAGGUCACAUAGAGUGUUUGCAGUGGAUGAUUAAAAUGGGAGCAGACAGUAAUAUUACUGACAAAGCAGGGGAGAAACCCAGUGAUGUAGCAAAGAGAUUUGCUCAGUUAGCAGCAGUAAAGCUAUUAGAGGGUCUACAGAAAUACGAUGUGGAUAAUGAGAUUGAAAUUGAUGAAAAUGACAUCAAGUUUUUUGUAAGACAUGGUAUUGAGGGAAGCAGUGAUGCCAAGGAUGAUUUAUGUCUUAGUGAAUCAGAUAAAAUAGAUGCAAGAAUGAGAGCUUAUAAGAAAGUUGUAGAAUUGCGAAAACUCCUGGAAAUUGCAGAGAGCAACUAUAAACAGUUGGGAGGGAUAACAGAAGAAGACGUGAAGAAGAAAAAAGAAGAGCUCCAGUCUGAAAAGACUAUCAAAGAACUGCAAGGCCAGCUGGAGUAUGAAAGACUACGGAGAGAAAAAUUAGAAUGUCAGCUGGAUGAGUACCGAGCAGAAAUGGAUCAACUCAGGACAACACUGGCAAAACCUCAGGAAGAGGACUACUCUUGUAAGUCAAGCAAAAAUAAGAGGCGAGUGAAGAAAAAAGUGUCCGCUGGGGGAAUUUUGGGGAAGAGGCACUAACCAGUGUAAUAACUUUAAAUAAAUGUGCUUGCUUUUUAUAUUUUAUUUGAAAAAUUGAUGUUAAUGUAAAUCUAUAGAAACUCUCCUCAGGCUUACUGAUAUUACACUAAUUCUGAAGACAGAAAUGUUGUAUAAUCAAAGGAAUUGUUACAUUUUUAACGUAUGUAUGUAUCCUAUGAGUCUGGUUGUCAAAAAAAACUACUUGGGGGCCGGAGCGAUAGCACAGCGGGUAGGGCGUUUGCCUUGCACGCGGCCGACCCGGGUUCGAUCCUCGGCAUCCCAUAUGGUCCCCCAAGCACCGCCAGGAGUAAUCCCUGAGUGCAGAGCCAGGAGUAACCCCUGAGCAUCACUGGGUGUGACCCAAAAAACAAACAAAAAAAAAUCUACUUGUUUUAUAUAAUAUGUUAUUAUAUAACACAUAAGUAUAAUUUUCAAUAUAUUAUUAUAAUUUUCAGUAAUAGUAUUAGUAGUUAUAAAUAUUUAUAUGUAUUAAACAUUUUUUAUAGUUACAUUUUUUUUUACUUUAUAGAGAAUACCAUUUACUACUAAAUAUGACUUAUUUUUUUAAACUAUUUAAAUGGCUUUAGUUUUAAAAUUAUGUGAACUUAUGUAAAUGCAAUACAAAAUCAGUGAAGUUUUAUUUAUUUUUAUUGAAUCACUGUGAAAUACAGUUACAAAGCUUUCAUGAUUGAGUUUCAGUCAUAUAAUGAUCUAACACCCAUCCCUGCACCAGUGCGCAUUUUCCACCACCAAUGUCCCCAGUAUCCCUCUUGACACCUUCUCGCCCCAUUCCACCCCCUGCCUCUGUGGCAGGCACCUUCCUUCUUAUGCUGUUUUUGGGCAUUAUGGUUUGCAAUACAGAUACUGAGGGGUCAUCAUGUUUUGUCCUUUACUUUCAGCACACAUCUCCCAUCCUGAGUGAUCCCUCCAACCAUCAUUGACUUAAUGGUCCCUUCUCCAUCCCAACUGCCUUCUCCCCCAGCACAUGAAGCAGGCUUCCAUACCAUCGAGUGAUCCUUCUGGCCCUUGUCUCUACUUUGGGUGUUGGUCUCAUAUUAUGUAAUUUUAUAUUCCACAAAUGAGUGCAGUCAUUCUAUGUCUUUCCCUCUCUUUCUGACUCAUUUCAUUUAGUGUGAUACUCUCCAUGUCCAUCUACUUAUAAGGGAAUUUCAUGACUUCAUCCUUUUUAACAACUGCAUACGAUUCCAAUGUGUACUAUCAUUUCUUUUACCAGUAGUCUGUUCUCAGACACUCGGGUUCUUUCCAGAUUCUGGCUUUUGUGAACAGUGCUGCAGUGAAUACAGGUGCAGGUAUUAUUUCUAUGGUGCUCUUUUGCAUCCCUGGGAUAUAUUCCGAGAGGUGGUAUUGCCGGGUCACAUGGAAGCUCAAUUUCUAAUUUUUUGAGGAAUACCCAUAUUGUUUUCCAAAAAGGGUGGAUCAGUCGGCAUUCCCACCAACAACAAAUGAGUCUCUUUCUCCCCGAAUCAGCACCAGCACUGGUUGUUCUUGUUCUUUUUGAUGUGUGCUAGUCUCUGUAGAAUAUGAUAUGUCGUUUUGAUUUGCAUCUCCCUGAUGAUUAGUGAUAUAAAGCAUUUUUUCAUGUGCCUUUUGGCCAUUUGUAUUUUUUUUUUUGAGGAAAUUUCUGUUCAUUUCUCCUCCCUACUUUUUGAUGGAGUUGGAGAUUUCUAAUUGUAAUUAGAAAUCUGUGUCCUAUAUAUCCUGGAUAUUAACUCCUUAUCUGAUGGGUACUGAGUAAAUAAUUUUUCCCAUUCUCUGGGCUCUCUUUGUAUUUUGGUCACUGUUUCUUUUGAAGUGCAGAAGCUUUUCAGUUUAAUGUAGUACCAUUUGUUUAUGUUUGUUUCCACUUGCUUGGUCAGUGGUGUUUCAUCCUUAAAGAUGCCCUUAGCUUCAAUAUCAUGGAGGGCUCUGCCUACGUUUUCCUCCUUGUACCUUAUGGAUUCGGGCCUGAUAUUGAGGUCACUAAUCCAUUUUGAUCUGACUUUCGUGCCUGGUGUUAGACAGAGAUCUGAAUUCAUUUAUUUUGCAUGUAGCUGUACAGUUUCCCAGCACCACUUGUUGAAAAGGCUUUCCUUGCUUCACAUUUCUUGCUCCUCUAUCAAAGAUUAGGUGAUCAUAUACUUGAGAGUCUGUGUCAGAAUAUUCAGCUCUAUUCUAUUGGUCUGUGGGUCUGUUUCUAUUUCAAUACCAUGCUGUUUUAAUUACUACUGCUUUAUAGUAGUUUGAAAUUGGAAAAAUGAUGCCACCCAUCUUUUUCCCAAGGAUUGCUUUAGCUAUUUGUGGGGUUGUAUUGUUCCACUGAACUUCAAGAAUGUUUUCUUUGAAAAAUGUCAUGGGUAUCCUUAUAGGGACUGCAUUGAGUCUGUAUGCUUUGGGUAGUAUUGCCAUUUUGACAAUGUUAAAAUCAGUUAAGUUUUUUUAUGUCUUUCUCUUUCUGACAGCUGGGAUGGAGAGAGGAGCACUAAAUAAAUGAUGCUUGGAGGUAUCACUCGGGAUAGUGGAUGCAUUUUGAAAGUAGACUAUGGACCAAACAUGAUGGCUGCUUAUUAUCUGUAUUGCAAACCAGAAUACCCAAAAGGACAGAGAGAGUACGAGGGAUUGUGCCUGCCACAGAGGCAGGAGUUGGGAAGGGGUGAGGUUUGGCGGAGGAAUACUGGGAACAUUGGGGGUGGGGAAUAGGCACUGAUGGAGGGAUGGGUACUUGAACCUUGUUUGACUGAAAUGCAAUCAUUAAAGUCUGUAAGUCUAUAAAUGCAACUCACGAUGAUUCACUAAAAUAAAGUUAAGUUUUAGAAAAGGAUUUUACAAUAACAACUAGAUAUCUCACACAGAUCUAGUAAAAGUUAAUAAACAUUAAAAUGAGAUUAAGUAACUGAAAGAAAAAUAAAAAACAAUGUGUGCUUAUUGAGAUUAUCCACUUAAAAUCUGUUUUCAGAUUCAACCACUGUUCCGUUUUGCAAAGUUUUGUAAGAUAGAGAUACUAUGUAUUUGCAAGAUAUCACUGUAGCUGUCGUCCCGUUGUUCAUUGAUUUGCUUGAGCGGGCACCAGUAAUGUCUCCAUUGUGAAACUUGUUGUUACUGUUUUUGGCAUAUAGAAUACGCCACGGGUAGCUUGCCAGGCUCUGCCACGCAGGCGGGAUACUCUCGGUAGCUUGCCGGGCUCUCCGGGAGGGAUGGAGGAAUCGAACCCACGUCAGCUGCGUGGAAGGCAAAUGCCCUACCUGCUGUGCUACUGCUCCAGUUUGCAAGAUAAUGAAAAAAACAACAAAACUUUAGUUUUAUUCCUUCCCUCUAGCCCCUUAACUUUGCUGACUAGUAAAUAACCAUGACAUUUUAGUUCAGUCAACGUCUUCACUUUGCCUUGUGGCUCUUACCCACAUCACUUGAAUUAACAAAGAUUUGAGACUCUCUUGGCUUAUUGUCUGGCCCAGUUAUUUUCUACUACUUUUCUGGUACCAGUUGCUGGUUCACAGGUACAAAAAGGUUGAGCCACUGGUUUAGAUUUGGAAUUAGCUUCCUCUGAAGAUCUGAAUGCUAGUGUAGAUUUCACUCAUGGCAGUCUUCUCAUCAUAACAGAUUUCUCACCCUCUAAGCCUCUGUUUGUACCUAGUAUUAAUGGUAACGGCCAUUUGACCCAGUAUCAUAAGAGUGUUCGCCCUGAUAUAAGUGGAUUUAACUGACUUGAUAAGACAAGUCAGACUUAUCAAGAGUAGGUAAGUCUCUAUUCCCCAAAAUGGCUUACCUAUCAUUUUAGUAACAUUUGUGCUCAUUAUUAAUCUGUAGUUUCCAAUAGGUGUUCACCGUGUGAAUGUGAAAAUAGUUGUUGACAUUUUGGGGCACUUCAUUAUGAAAUCUGUGCUGGGUCUUUUACACGUACUAUCUCAGUUUUCUGAACUGAGGUAGAUAAAUUUCGUAAAUGAAGAUGAAAUAAUUUUUUGCCCAGGAUAACAGAGAAAGGAGCCAGAAAUCCAACCUUAUCUGGGAAGUUCAGGAUUCUUAACCACCAUGGAAUUUUCAAAUCUCUCAUUUUUCCCACUUUCUCUGACAGUACACCACUUCUUUUUCCUUUUUGCCCGUCACUGUCACCCCAUUGCUGGUGUUCGAGCGGGCACCAGUAACGCCUCUCAUUGUGAGACUUAUUGUUACUGUUUUUGGCAUAUCGAAUAUGCCACAGGUAGCUUGCCAAGCUCUGCCGUGUGGGCGCAAUACUCUCAGUAGCUUGCCAGGUUCUCUGAGAGGGGCGGAGGAAUUGAACACAAGUUGGCCGCAUGCAAGGCAAAUGCCCUACCGCUGUGCUAUCGCUCCAGCCCCCUUUUUGCUUAGCCACCCUAAAUUUAAUCUCACCCUGGAUAUUCUCAAGGCUAUGUCACCCCUCCCUCCCUACCCCCCAACACAGACAAUGGCGAAAAAAAACAAGGUCAUCAUUCCUCUUGGAGGCCUCUUACUACUUGCAGGAAAUGUUGCUAAAGUUUAGUGGUCUCAGAAACUCAAUAUAAAUGAAAUGUUCACAACAUACUCAUUUAAAAAUUUGUAUUACACCCAGCGAUGCACAGGGGUUAUUCCUGGCUGUGCACUCAGGAAUUACUCCUGGCUGUGCUUAGGGGUCCAUAUGGGAUGAUGGGAUUCGAACCCAGGUUGGCCACGUGCAAGGCAAAUGCCCUACCCGCUGUGCUAUCGCUCCAGCCGCCCCUCCCCCUCCAAAACUAGAUGUUUUAUAGUGGGUGUUUAAAUGCUAUGCAUAGAGGCAGUUUUGAAGCACAACAGAACAGCAUCUUCUCUUUCUUCACUCUCACAUAUUUCUCCUAAACAAGCCAAAACAACCUAUUAAAAUAAAAUCUCCAUGGAAAGGAAUAGGAUCCAGAAGUAAUGUUCAGGCAAUGAAGUCAAGAACAGGGUAUGAUGUAUAUACUUCUUUAUUAAAAUUUGCUAAAUCCCUAAAGUUUGAAAAACUCUUAUCUCUAAUGGCUAUGAACUGGGAAUAUGCUUAUUUGUUAAGAUUUGAGGAAAUCAAUAAAUAGAAACCCUCUCUUUGAGCCUCCUGAUCAACUGAACCUAUUAAACAACUAAGAGGCUUUUAUUUACAGAUAUAAGCGACACUGGAGAAUAUGGUUUCAACAGAUUCUCACUGAGUCUAGAAUUCUUGGGACAAUUAAUCUUGUCCCAAGAAUCCCCGAAGUUGGCAAUCAACUCUGCAGAGGCUGAGCCUGGUCCAACAGAGCUGAAUGAAUGCUCUGUAGCACUCUGCUGGCCCUAGACAGGCAUAGGGAGUAAGCUGCUGUCCAGCCUGAGCCUUGAUACUUCUUUCACUUUACUCAUAAGGGAUGACAAGUGAUGAUACUAAGAACAAGCCAUUGGAGCUUCCUUUGCAAGGAGGGAAAGCAUUUCCCCUCAACACUAAUAUAUUGUAACUUGAAACAAAUCUUUUUCUUCUUUAUUAGGCUCAUCAGUUCCAAAGAAUGAAAUCAUGCUUACCUCUGAACAUAUGGACAUUAGGCUGUUUGGCAUAAAACAGGCAUUCAUUUUUUUGUUUGUUUGUUUUGGGGGCACAUUCAGCAGUACUGAGGGCUUACUCCUGAAUCUGUGCUCAGGCAAUCACUCCUGGUGGUGGGAAUUUGGCUGCAUUCAAUGCAAGUGCCUUAACCUCUGUACUACCCCUCAGGUCCCCACAUGCAUUCUUUUCUUAUUUCUUGAGCAAAAACAUGCACUAGUUUACUAGAAUUUAUAUAGUACUUAUUAAACCAAUAAAAAUUCAUGUCAAGGAUUUUUUUUUUAAUGUAAGGUAUGACCAGAGAGGAGCACUCACACCUGCCCCACCCCCCAAAAAGGGGCAAAAAUGAAUUAGAAUCUAACAGAUAAAGUUAAAAUACAGAGGUUUUGUUUUGAAAACAAUGCAUAUCUUAGAAGAAAAUACAGAUCUUAGUUGGAAAGCCUGGAGUCUCACAGGGCCUUAUGGAAUAGUCUUGAUUGCUAACCAAACAAUAGUAGUAUUUGUAACAAAAUAAAAGUAGUAUUUGUAAUUAAAUAGCAGUGUUAUUUUGAAUAUGAUUAUGAAACUUUAAAAGCUUUUGCUAAAACAGUAUAAAAUCUUUGGAAAUUUUUAGCAUUUUGUGACCCUGGAUUUCAUCCUCCCUCUCCCCAACAUACACAUUUUGGGCCACAUCUGCAGGGCUCAGGGCUUAUCUGUGGCUUUCCACCCCCUUACACACAGACACACACAGACACACACACAUUCUUACUUUGGGCCACAUCUGCAGGGCUCAGGACUGACCCCUGGCUCUGUAUUCAAGGAUGACUUGUGGUGAGGAUCGGGGACCAGAGGCAGCAAGUAUAGAACCUGGGUAGGCCUCAAGCAAUGCAAGUGUCCUACCUACUGACCUACUGUACUAUCUCUCCAGGUCCUGACCCUGGCUUUUUUUUUACUGGAUAAAACUGAAGGUCUUAUAUAAAAAUGGAAUUAUGCACUAUCCUUGAAACUAUACAUAUCCUUCUACUAGACACAGUAGAGUUUAUCUUUAUGAGAAAAAAAACCCAUAGGAUACCCAAUAAAAAUUUCCCAUAAAUGAGCACAUGGGGAUGAACCUUCAUAUAUAUAUUUUUUAGUGUAGGGGUUAUACACUAAUAGUUUUCUGACUUAAAUGAACCACACAAAAAUUAAAAAAAUACAUGUAAUAACCAGAACUCAAGGCUUAGCAAUUAGAACCCAUAAGUGCCAUAUGCUUGCCUGAGGGCACAAGUCAUUAAAAAUUUUAUUAUUUCAUUAAAAUGUUCAACUUCCUAAGAUGUCAUUAAAAAAAAAAUUAACAGCUUUUUUUUUUUGUUAUUAUUUUAUUUUAUAUAAAAAGUAAAUUGAGGGGCUGGAGCGAUAGCACAGUGGGUAGGGCGUUUGCCUUGCAUGCGGCCAACCCGGUUCGAUUCCCAGCAUCCCAUAUGGUCUCCUGAGCACCGCCAGGAGUAAUUCCUGAGUG